AACACCGUGGUGUAAACAUCCGGAUUAUGAAAGUAUGACUUGAGAGAACUUUUUCUGAAAUACGACGUUGUUCACAGAUGGCAGAGGUUAAAUGGCUUACAUAGGACACCGGCUGGGCUCUCCGCGGUGUUUGCUCGUCGGUGUUCCCGUGAUUAGGCGCCUUUGUUCGGUCGGUAUGGCAGACAUGGGGCUGGCGUGGAGUCAGUCCCCUCUGGAGCGACUCCCCUUCGACAACCAGGCUCUCCAGAAACUUCCCCUGGACCCGAGCGAGGACUCGGGGGUGAGACAGGUGAAAGGAGCCUGUUUCUCUCGAGUCAAGCCGCAGCCGGUGACUAAACCUCGCUUCGUGGCGGUCUCUCACCAUGCGCUGGUUCUCCUGGGGCUCAGCGGGGAGGAGGUGCUCAACGACCCCCAAGGACCGGAGUACCUGAGCGGGUCCAAAGUGAUGCCCGGCUCGGAGCCCGCUGCCCACUGUUACUGCGGGCAUCAGUUCGGGCAGUUCGCAGGGCAGCUGGGGGACGGGGCGGCUUGUUACUUGGGGGAAAUUAAAGUACCACCGGGACUAAACCCAGAACUUUUAGUGGAAAACCCGAGUGGUAGAUGGGAGAUCCAGGUGAAGGGCGCAGGACUGACCCCUUACUCCAGACAAGCUGAUGGUCGUAAGGUCCUCCGCUCCAGUAUAAGAGAGUUCCUGUGCAGUGAGGCCAUGUUCUUCCUGGGAGUGCCCACGACCAGAGCUGGGUCUGUGGUCACCUCUGACAGCAUGGUCCUCAGAGACAUUUACUACAGCGGGCGCCCUCGUCAUGAGAGAUGCUCUGUGGUGCUGCGGAUCGCUCCCACUUUUCUCAGGUUUGGAUCUUUUGAAAUCUUUAAGCAGGCAGAUGAGUUCACAGGGCGUCAGGGGCCCAGCUAUGGACUCGAUGAGAUCAGAGGACAGAUGAUGGAUUAUGUCAUUGAGAUGUUUUAUCCUGAAAUACAGCAGAAUUUCCCAGACCGCGUGGAGAGAAACGUUGCUUUCUUCAGAGAGGUGGUGCUUCGUACUGCUCGACUCGUGGCCCAGUGGCAGUGUGUGGGGUUCUGCCAUGGAGUUUUAAACACAGAUAACAUGAGUAUCCUGGGGCUCACACUCGAUUAUGGCCCAUACGGGUUCAUGGACAGAUUUGACCCGGAUUUUAUUUGUAACGCCUCAGACAACUCAGGCCGUUACUCCUAUAAGGCCCAGCCGGCCAUCUGCAGGUGGAACCUGGUGAAACUGGCAGAGGCCCUUGCUCCUGAACUGCCUCCUGAAAGAGCAGAGGGAAUCCUUGAUGAAUACAUGGACAUGUAUAAUCGAUUCUACCUGGAGAACAUGAGAAGAAAGACAGGUUUACUCAAGAAAGAGGAGCCAGAAGAUGAGAUGCUGAUCACUGAGCUCCUGCAGACCAUGCAUAACACAGGUGCCGACUUUACCAACACAUUUCGCUGUUUGAGCCAAAUCUCCUGUCCCGCUGAGGGAGAAAAUGAGGCGGAGAUUAUGAGACAGGCUACACAGCUUCUGCUUGAGCAGUGUGCUUCUUUAGAGGAGCUACAGGCUGCCAACAAACCCACUAUGGACCCACGGGAGCUGGCCAUGCUUUUGUCUCUAGCCCAGACCAAUCCCGCGCUGUUCCAGAUGAUAUCAGACCGAGCCACAAUAGCCAGGCAAUUAGAUAAGCUCAGCAAACUUAAAGACCUGAUGGAGUCCAGUGAAGAAGAGCUGAAAGAGAAGCAGGCGGGGGACUGGACAGCCUGGAUCACACUCUACAGGAAGCGUCUGGGGAGAGAACUGGAAGGCCAGAGUGAUGUGGCUGCUGUCCAGAAUGAGAGGGUGAAAGUGAUGGAUGGCACCAACCCACGCGUGGUGCUAAGGAACUAUAUCGCCCAAAAUGCAAUUGAGGCCGCAGAGAGUGGAGACUUCUCUGAGGUCCAGAGAGUUCUGAAGGUUCUGGAAAAGCCCUUCACUGCACAGCCAGGCCUGGAGCUCCCAACGUGGUUCGGCAAAUACAGAACCACAGAGGAGGGGGAGAGGGAGUACGGGGUGAGGGCAGAGAGGGCGCGGGAGGACGGGGAAAUGGAAGAGGCGUCCACUUCCACUGUCAGAAGUGCUUUGCCCUAUGACAGCAAGCCCCCCGCAUGGGCACAGGAAAUAUGUGUCACAUGAUCUUCGUAAAGACUUUCUUGAUGGUUAGCUGACCUGUUUAAAGUGCCUAUGAAAGGUUGGACUCAUUUUCACUAGUGAAAGUGAAGUUAACAUUAAAUUUAGCUAAAAAAAAAAAA